UCAUCGACUUCCCCGACACGUUUCUCUCUCUCUCUCUCUACAUAUAAAAUUAUAAAUAUAUAUAGAUAUAGAUAGAUGUACACGCACAUGUAUAUACUCACUCCGUAGCUUCUUGCCAUUUUUUCAUUUCUACAUUUGUUGCUUGUUGCGAGCAGGAUUUCAUCUUGUGAGACUGGAGGGUUUUGAUGUUAGCUUGUUUGAGCUGCUCUUUGUUGGCUUCUAAAAACUUGGUUUAGAAAAUUGCUUUUUAUGAGCAAAAUUGAUACGGAAGGCUUUUUUUUCCAUCUGAGGUGUGUCUUGUUUAGACUCCAGCAUAGUUAAGGACUCGAGUGAUUGCAAAGAAGUGUGUGCUGUGCAGGAAAUAUGAUUAAGCUGUUUAAAGUUAAGGAAAAGCAGAGGGCAGAAAAUGCCAAUGGGAUGUCAACUGUCAAGAAGCAAAGCGCAGGAGAGUUACGUCUUCAUAGAGACAUUAGUGAAUUGAACCUGCCAAAAACUUGUAGCGUAUCAUUUCCGAAUGGCAAGGAUGACCUGAUGAACUUUGAGGUGACCAUACGGCCUGAUGAAGGAUACUACUUAGGCGGUACAUUUGUAUUUUCUUUCCAAGUUCCUCCUGUCUACCCUCAUGAGCCACCAAAGGUCAAGUGCAAGACAAAGGUGUAUCAUCCUAAUAUUGACUUGGAAGGAAAUGUCUGCCUUAACAUAUUGCGAGAAGACUGGAAGCCUGUUCUCAAUGUAAAUACUAUAAUUUAUGGGCUGUUUCACCUUUUCACGCAACCCAAUUAUGAAGAUCCCCUCAAUCAGGAUGCAGCUGCUGUGUUAAGAGAUAAUCCAAAGAUGUUUGAAUCCAAUGUGAGAAGGGCAAUGGCUGGUGGUUAUGUGGGACAAACUCUCUUCCCGCGAUGCAUGUAGCAAAGCGUACAUCAUGUGCCAAAUUCUUUGCUCAAAGGUCAAAAGCUUUAGAUUUGUUUGUGUGUUUUACCUUUCGGUUUGCUGCUGGGAUUCAAAACCUAUGGAAUCAUGAAAGCAAGGCCAACUGAAGGGGGUGCUUGUAUUCUGGUGUAAGUUAUGGUGUAACCUAAGAUACGUUUCUAACUUCACUAUGAAUUUAUACUCUCUUUAUUUAUAAAUGUAACCCAGACAUGUUAUUUCCCA